UUGAUUCUGAAAAUUUUAUUAUGUGAAAUCUGUUAUGUCCUGUCCUCCGUCCUGUCCUGGAUCAGACGAUCCUCGACAAGAAAAUGAACAAAUAUCUUCUACCAAUCUUCAUCUGGUGGACACCAGCUCCCUGACCCUCAAUGAUCUGCUUCAGAGCAAUAAUUUGAUCGAGACUUCGCCAUUAAAGUCCAUCCUGGAGAAUCAAUGUCUAAGUAUUACUCUGAAUCCCAUGACAGAUUCAAUUUUAGACGAUAACUUAUCAUCCUCUGACCUCGCCAAGUUCAACGUCGACGACCUGACAUCAGAGUUGUUAAGUAUGACAAGUCAUAGUGACCGUUUAUCACACCAAAUCGAUAACCUGAAUUGUGAUAUUUGCGGAAAGAGAUUCGAUAAACCCGAGUACCUUAUCGUCACCUUCGAAAACACAGGGAGGAGUUUAUGUGGCCAUGUUGUCUAGCUGUUUUCGCGAGAAAAGAGAACCUCAUAUCCCACGUUUGUUCAUUUUCAACGAACAUUCCGGAGUUUUCGUGAAUAUUAAUGAGAGAAUCACCUAGAAUUAACGAGAGCUCUCUGUAUAUAAUUUCUGGGAGUUUCAUAAGAUUUUAGAAUCAAAAUCGAAGAAAAAUGUUCCUUAAAUUGAACCCAGAUGACUAUGAAUUACCUGAAAGGUGAAAAAUUUUCUAUUCUCUCAGGACAUGUUCAUACGACUUUGGCUGAUAUUUUCCAUCAACUCCAGAAAAAUGUCUACAGUACCUCUUCGUAGUAGAAAAAAUGUCACCCAGAAAGUGCUCAAGAUGAUAAAUUUGUCGAUCGUUCUCCAAAUAUCAGAUGAUAAACGAAAAAGCCACUAACGAUAAAUGUUUAAGAACCUACAUUCAGAAAAAUAUGGAGUCAUUACCAUCUUCCACUCUGCAUCUUCGUUUCCUUCGUCUCCAUCUUAAUCAAAGUCCUGAACACCUGUUUCUUGAGUUCUCUUUACCUCUCGAGUUUGUUGCUCUCCUCGACCUCAGAUUAGUCAGAAUAACCCAAAACUUAUAGAUUUUAUAUUCCAUAAGAAAGUCCCUAAACGACGUUUACACUUAAAUUUUCAGAAUUUUCCUAAUUUCCUUCAAACAAAAUAAAAAAAAUUUGUUCCAAAAAUAUAAUUUCAGAUGACUCGCAAUUAUCUGAAAGAUGGAGAUUUGCUAUUCUCUCAGGGCAUUUUUCUAAGACCUGUUGGCUUGAUAUUUUCGGUUGAAUGAAAAAAAAACUGUGACCGACCUCUUAACCUACAAUUCGCUCUAAAAAAAUUAUAAAAAUUGUCUAACCCCUGGCUUUCUAUCCCCUGUGCUCUUCCACUACAAAAAAUGUCUCCCAAGGACUUCUAAACACCAUAAAUUUGUUCAUCAUCCUCCAAACAUCAGGUACGACGAAUUGCACUUGUCAGUCUCUCCUUGGAAUAUCACAUCUAUGACAAAGCUCGAUAUGAUGGCGUGUGCGGGGGGUGAGCGGAAAUCGGGUUAAUGUCAUGAUGUUCUCUGAUUGUCAACGGACGAUCAACAACUUGGACAAAAGUGAUCCGCAAUGACAAUGUGCAAGACUCGAGUGUUUGUUUCGGUGCCAAGUUCACAGUUGGAUUAGUGUCUGGAUGAUAUGAGCUUUAGAUUUUCGGAUUCAGUGCAGCGGUCAGCAACUGCCAAUUAUGAUAAAUCUUUCGGUGCUGUACUUCCUAACUGGAGCAUUGGGUAUCGUCAGUGGGCACUUGUGUCCUACCCCGUGCACCUGUAAACUUGUUGGGCCCCAAAAUGAGCGGCUCAGGGUCAAAUGUAAAGAAGAUAUUCAGAGCAUUAAGGACAUUAAUAUCAACGCUGUCAGCGUAGAACUCUAUCAACUGGAUUUGAGUAAAAAUAACAUCUACUUCAUCGAAAAAGGGACAUUUCAGAAUUUGACGAAUUUGAAACGCCUGGAUCUCUCUACUAAUAAACUCACCGCUUUGGAGGAAGGAUGUUUUAGUGGAUUAGACGGUUUAGAAAGAUUGGAUUUAAGCAAAAACCAAAUUGCAUCCAUUGAUCCUUUGGUCUUCCGUCAAUUGUUGAACCUGAAGAGACUUGACUUAUCUGCCAACAAAAUCAGCGCAGUAAAAACAACGUUGUUUCAUGACCUGGUGGCUCUAGAACGAUUAAAAUUAAAUGGAAACCUCCUGAAAACCCUCUCCGAGGGUACUCUCCACGGACUGAAGCUCUUACGACAGCUGGACCUCAGCAACAAUCCCUGGGAAUGUAACUGUUACCUCUUCUGGCUCGGUAAUUGGAAAAACACAUCCCUCUUCCGGCUGAACUCAACACCUGUCUGCGAUUCCCCUCCAUCAAUGCACGGUCAAUCCCUCCUCGAUCUGCGAACAUCAGAAGAACUCGACUGUCAGUUCGGUUCACCAACGCUUCAAAUAAAUCCUGACCAAAAUCAGAUUAUUUUCGUGGGUGAUUCAAUGAACUUGGAGUGCAGUGUCCCGAGCAUAACAGACGAUAGAAGUGCUCGACUAGACUGGACAUGGAAUCCCAGUAUCUUCAACGGCACCGGGAGCUUCAUAAAUCCCCAAGACACCCUGUCCAACAUCAAAGUGGAGAACAGAUACCUCUCCAACUCUGGUGUGAUCCACAGCUCCAUCACAAUAUUCCCAGUGAGGAAGGAACACAAUGGCCAGUGGAACUGUCAGCUGAUCUCAAUAUACGGUAACAAAUCUAAAACUGUGAGUAUGGUGGUGAUAUCCGAGGACACCAACUACUGUCCCCUGGUGAUUACCAGAAACAACAAAGGAACUUAUGCCUGGCCACAGACAGUAGUCGGCUGGAAGGUGGAAUUACCUUGUGAAGGAAUCGGUCUCUCCACCCUCACCACGACACCCCUUCAAGCAUCCUAUCACUGCAACUCCACUGGCAGUUGGACUGACCUCAACACAGACCCUUGUCCCUUCAUUUCCCCAACGACAAAAGCACUGGAACAAUAUUCCAAAGUCAAUCUGUCCCUGACCAAAGGAAAUUUACUAGAAACUGUUGUGAGAUUUAAAAAUCACACGGGCUAUCCCAACAAGAUAACAGAUCCAAUCGAAAUCCAUUUCAUAGUUAAAACAAUCGAGAACUACUUGAGCUUUUUGGUGGAGGAAGAGGAGCUUGGUGUCAUACUAAUGGACAUCAUCAGCUCCAUCAUGACCCUUCCAAAGGAUAUGCUGAAGGUGUCGGAGACCUCUUACAACGCUUGCUCGAGACUGAUAAAAUCUGUCGAAGUAAUUACAGAGUUGACACCUUCAAUUCAACUCCAUAAAAAUAACAUCGCUCUAGAGGAAUUCAAGGUGAAGACCGAGAGCUUCAUGGGCUUGACCUGCACCUGGUACAGCACAAUCUCGGGGGAAGUGACACGGAGGCUCAUGCACUGUGCGACGAACAACAGAACAGCGAUUUUAAAUACUAAAGAUAAAUCGAUAGAAGCGUCCAUUCAGCUUCCAGCUUCGUUACUCCAUCGUCUGGACAUAACCGUCGCCCACCAACUGAUGAUCUCCAUGUACAGCUCCAACAGCUUUCUACCUCUGACCUCGGGUCCUCCUAAAAUGGACAUAACAUCUGGAAUAAUUGGAAGCAAGUUGAUAGGCUGUCCCGUCGCCAACUUGACAGAACCUGUCUACAUUAUGCUAAAAAUGCCUCGAUCAUAUCAUCUGGGCAUUCGACCCAAACCUGUCGUCUGGGACAUGAAGUUCAAUUCUUCAGGGCAGUGGUCCACCAAAGGAUGCCAAUUGUCAAGCCUCGUGAACAAUCUCGUUGUGUUCCACUGCGACAGAUUAGGGUACUACGGUUUACUAGAAGACACUUCAUAUCUUCAUGACACCCCUUAUCCUUCAGGUGCCAUGUUCAGGUACUCCAAUCCUGCUAUCUACAUUGGAACGUUUGUAGCGAUAAUUUGUCUGAUAAUUACGUCAGUGACUUACAUAAUCUGUUACACGUCCAUCACGAUGCCAAAGAAAGCUAAACACUGUGUCAUAAACACCUGGAUCGCCAUAAUUCUCCUGUGCUUUCUGUACACCACUGGAAUCCAACAGACUGACUCCAUCGAAAUUUGUCAGGCAGUUGGUCUCGCCCUUCAUUAUUUGUCCCUAUGUUGUCUGCUGUGGAUGGCAGCAUCUGCCAGCAAUAUGUACAAACGAUUAUCAAAGUCUGAUGUGACAGCAGUUCCUGAUGAUGAGAUACUGGAGCAACCGAUUCAAAAACCUUUAUUGGGUAUUUACCUCGUGGGAUGGGGCAUCGCCCUCAUCAUCUGCGGUAUUUCGGGCGCCAUUAACUUGAGGGAAUACGCUGGAUACUCGUAUUGCUUUCUGUCUUCGGGUCCAGCAUUGGCAGGUCUCUUCGUUCCUGCGAUUAUUCUCCUCGUCUACCUCUCGAUAUUUCAUCUCCUCAUUCGAUGUGCCAUCAGAAGUGGUGAUCACAAUGGACAGUUGUCGGAGGGGACUCAGGCAACUGAGAAUAUGGAUUUAGAAUUGUUGGAGCCAAAUGAUAAUGCAGGUGGAGAUCAAAACAGCAUUCACUCGACUCAGACUGUUUCAUCGGAGAUUGAGGAUGUCGAGCAUUCGCAAAUAACUCAGCUGAAGGGACAGGUGGUGAUUUUGAUUCUGUAUUUGAUUGUCUGGUUCUCUGGGGCUGGAGCAACUGUACGACCUUUCAGCUUUCACAUUCCCCAUGCAGAAGCUAUCUUCGCUGCUAUUUAUGGAAUUUCUGUCAGCAGUCUUGGAUUAUUCGUUCUUCUGUUCUAUGGAAUAGCGAGAAGUGAUGUGAGGGCACAGUGGAGCCUCAUGAGGUGCUGGUUGAAGAAGAGACAAAACAGAUGCUGCAGAUCUAGAAGUGUCAUUGAUACAAAUCCAUCUUUACCAGCUCAACCUCUUGUCCAAAAUCUAUCAGUUCCAGUUUCGAAUACUCAAGUGACUCAGGUGAUUUCUGACACGAAUUCCCUCAGUUCGUCGAGGCUUACCAACGUCUCUCGUCCUUGUGUUCCCUUGAAAACAUCGGAUAUUGGGUCUGAUUGUCCCUCGAUAACUAACAAAAGCCCUAAUGUGAAUCUGGUGGCUCUUCAUCGUCAGCAGUAUCGUUCCAACAAUUCUGUAACUACUUACACUGAGGGGACUCAGUCCGCCUGUAUCGAGAUGUUCUACAAUCCACGACAAAGUGGUGUCGCCAGGAAGUUCUUCAAGAAGCAAAAGAGACACACGAAGCACAAUAAUUUGGGCCCGAGGAAGCAGGGCGAUGGUGGAGCUACCAGUGAUGGAGACAGCUGCAUCUCCCUUCCUAGACCAGCUCCGAGAAUCAACAAAUCACAAAUCGAUAAAAAUGUUUAUGGCAGCAGCGCCAAAGUUAACAAUACUAAUAUUCACGUGGAGCUGAACCUGGUUAACACCACGAAUAAUGUCAAUAUACUUUCUGACAGUGGUGGAAGUCUAUCAGAAGACAGAUCAGUGCCAAUGCGAUACGUCAUUGGUCAGGAAAAAAGCAAAGAAAUUGUUAAAAACGUUAACAAUGAUCACAGAAACGAUACGGAAAAUGAUUUGCCGAGAAUACUGGCACUGGGACCACUGCUGAGUCCCAAUGAAUCUGAUUUUGAUACCAGAACUGAAGAGGAGAAACACAUUAGAAAUGUUUCUCAACAGUGCAGCUUGGAGUACAGCUCGGAAUUGGAUUCUGGAACGCAAAUAUUGAGCGAGAAAAGUGAUCACGAUCUGUCGGAAAUUGGAGAAACUCCGGAAACUCAGAGCAAAAUAUUUGAAGAGGAUUUUCAGUGCUCAGGUCUUCAUGAGCUCUGCCAGAAGUCGGAGAGUUCAGGGAGACCUUUGGCAAGAUCAGAGCACUCCAGCAGCUUGUAUUGUCUUUCAGAGGAUCGAUUUGAAGAUCAUCAGUUACGAAAUAACCUCACAAGUUCUUGUAAUGAUGUGAGGAGUGCUGAAAGGACGAAAAAUUAUUCGAUUGGAUUUAGGGCUUCCAGUGAUGACCUUCAAAGCGAAAGCACCCGGAGGAGAGUCUCUGGUGGUUGCAGGGAGGAAGAACCUUCGGGAACAGGGGAUAAUGGCUUCAUCGAUGAGAGUCUGUUCAGUACAAGGGAUAAACCUAUUUUUAAUAGAUCGUUAAGUAAUAUUAAUCAGUGCGUCGAGGAUGAUUGCGGGUAUUGGUUGAUUGGAUGUUUGACGGUGCCGGAUAUGAGUGAUGAAGUGUUGGAGAAUCAAGAGGUUGGUGGAGGUGGUGGAGAUUAUUUGGAAAAAGAAUUCAACUCUUCCCAGGAUCUCACUGCUAUUAAUGUCACACUUGGGGCUACGAGGCAUCUGGAUAUGAAUGCUAGCAUUGGGGUGGAUUAUGAGGACACUAAUUAUGAGAAUUCUCAUCACUUUAGUGAGGAUGGGGUACCAUUGGAUGAUAUAUUGAUGGAGACUAAUUCGGUUAAGAAGGAGACGAGUGUUUAGAAUUAUGACAGAAGAAAGUGAUAGACAAAUUGUUCCCAGGAUGACAACAGGAUUAUCGACAAGUCCAGGUGUUCUACCCGGAUGCAGAAGGUAUUUAUUGGGGUUUGAGAUACUUCAGAUGACCAUGAAAAAGUCAGGGAAUUUUUGAGGGGAAAUUUUGGGAAAAAUCCAGUGCUAUACUAGAGGUAAAGUGAAACAUGUCAACAGAUGGAAUUUUUUUAUUUUAAAAUAGAGAAUUUUCGGUUGCGUUGCGAUAACUUCAAUUGUUUGUGUUAAGAUUAUUAUGGUACAGUAUCAAGAGAAAUGAGACUGAAGCACACGAGUUAUUUUUAUAGUUUUUUAUUACGUUCAUUUCACGAUUAUAGGGAAUUAUGAUAUUUUUGUAUGAAAUGUGGUCGAUGCAAAUUUUCGUUAAUUCAUGACAACUAACAAUUGCUGCAACUGAUUAUUUUCACGGAUUUUUAAAAUGUUCUUGAAUUGAUUUGGCAACUUAUUUAGCAGAUAAUUUUAUGAGAGGGGAAUUACUGUGUUGGGGAUUAAAAUCGAGGGGCAAAAUGGUACAGUGAAAGUAAUUUUGGAUAAAAAUUUCUCUUACAGAGGGCGAAAUCAGGGAUGAAAGUUGGUUUUAUCGUAAAAAUUAGUCUCCCAAUUAGGUCUCUAAUUUUUUCGACAAAAUUUAACUUAAAAAUUAGUCAACAUUUUAUUCAAAAUUUCUGUCAGUGUAGAAUACUGAUAUGUGUUUUAUUCAUACAUAAAAAUUCCUAUCAAUGCUAUUAAUUUUGUGAUACUUUUCAUAAUUAAUGAUACGUGCACUAUAAAAUUUGAAGAUCUAUAAUUUUUUAUUUGAGUUUAAAUGAUAAAUUGAUAGAAAUCUUUUACAAAUUUCUAUCUAGAUCAAUUCAUUUUAUUCUGCCUUUCUUCAUUUUUUACUGUCACACAGUAAUUUUUCAUUAACUCAUUGUGAUUGGUUGACGAUUCGCGCCGAAUAUAUCCGAUUAUUACCGACGUUGGACUCCGUCAUGUGACCUGUUGCAUCAGCCAUUUAGCGUCCAUCUUGUCGUAGCCCAUUAAACUUGGAAUUUUUACGAGGUCGAUAUAGAAGUUUUCCUAAACCGAUAAAGAUAUUUCACUGGGCGAAAUCGUCAAUUUCCUCAGGUCUGUAGUUUGUGCACGAGAUUGUAAGGCAGCACAGUAAUUUUUAUUGUAAUCACACUAUAAAAAUUCACUGAUUUUUCUCUGUACUUCCGACGUUAACACAUCAUUUUGUGGUAAAUUAGAAUGAGUCCAUUCGACUUAGUCCCAUUUAUCGCUGAAAAUCUUCUGAAUGAGGUUAGGUACUGAUUUUUUUUUGAUAAUUCCUUUUAGUCCGAUUAUUACCCUACACAAAAGAUCUUGAUGAAAAUUCUGCUACUCAUUUUUCUUUUAGAAUAUUUAUCGAUAACUCAUAAUAAGGGCAAUGCACCUGGUUUACAAAUUCACUACAGAUUAUUAAUUUACAAAUCGAGGAAUCCCAGAUGUUCAAAUCUCUUUGGCGUUGCCAACGUUAUUGAUGUCGGACGUGUACUGGGAUCAGGGUUGGGCAUGUAAAAUACGUCACGUAAAAUACAUAGUAUUUUACACGUAUUAUACCAUGUAUUUUACGUCACCUUUUUCAAACGUAUAAAACGUAAUAUACAUUUCAUACAACAACGUAAAAUACGUAUUAUACGUCACGCCAUGUCGCAUGGAAUUUACAUGUUUUUGCACUGAUGAGAGUGCAAAAACAUGUAAAGUGUAAGUAUAAGUGUAAGUGUAAGUAGUGAGUGUAUUUUACGUUGUUGUACUAAGUGUUUAUUACGUUUUAUACGUUUGAAAAAGGUGACGUAAAAUACAUGGUAUAAUACGUGUAAAAUACUGUGUAUUUCACGUGACGUAUUUUACAUGCCCAACCCUGCCCAACCCUGACUGGGAUUAAUAAGUCAAGAGUUGUAGUGUUGGUACUGAGACAAUACUCCAGAUGCAGAAUGAGAUUAUCAAUAAAAUUUCACCUAAUUUUCUCCGAAUUUCCGCACAAAAUCUACUAACAAAUUUUAAGAUGUCAACUCUAAUAUUUAUUUCGUGGUUUCUUUACAUAAUUCAUGCAUUUAGGGGGUUUAUUUUAAUUAACCUGUGAGAGUUUAGUAGUUUUCGCUUCGCUUUUGGUACCGAGCACUGGAAUUUUUCCCAAAUUUUUUUCUCUUCGCAUUAAGAUAAUGAGGGAAAAAGAAAACCAACUCAACCGAUCGAUAAUGCUUCAGUUGAUUUCUGUUUGGGCACAAGGGAUCAUCCAAAGAGGAUUGACUGAAGUGGAGGCUCAGUUCUGGGGGUUUGAGUGACCCCAGCGACGUCGUAGUACUCACCCCAGAAGACGUAGGGCGCCACACGCAAUCCUGGGGUGUCUGCCCUUCAGCCGAUUCAACAAUUCCUCAAUAACAGUUCUGCAGUCAGAGAAACUAAUUAAAAAUGGAGGUGUGGUCCUCUGCGUCACCAAAAUACUUUUUUCCCAUUGAAAUUAGAUAACAUUAGGAUGAGCAGAAAGGAGGAUAUGAGGAUGCUCCACUUAAAAUUAAGGAGAUUUGUUCGGUUCUACCAUUUUUGUCACUUUUUGACAGAACAAUCGAAUGAUUUCUUGAUUCGCAGUUUCAAAGAAACUCUGAAAAUGAGAAUUGUGUGUAGUAAGAUAGAAAUUAAGAAUUAUUUGCAAUUAAAAGGGGGCAGACACCCCAGGAUUGAGUGUGGCGCCCUACGUCUUCUGGGGUGAGGUUCUACGAUGCCGCUGGGGUCACUCAAACCCCCAGAACUGAGCCUCUACUUCAGUCACUCCUCUUUGGAUCAUCUCUACAAAUAAUUUACUCCAUAUUUAUGCAUUUUAAACAAAUUUUGUCAAUCCUGAAAACAUAAAAUUCUCUUCUUCAUGUAACAUUCAUUUAAUAUUUAUAUACGAAUGGUUUAAUUCAGUAUUAAUAGGAGUGUGUUUGAGUUCGAAUUUUGGAUAGGACUUUUCGAGAUCGAAAAAACUGUCAGUGGAAGUAAUUGCAGUCUAUGAUAGGUCUAGACAAUUUUUUAACAAUUCAAACUCGUUUUUACGUACAAAUAUAUUUUUUACUGCCAUUUUCUAACAGAGCAACGAAGGCUUAAGCGAACUUCUUUACAUUAUCGAUGUUACUAGGCCUAAACAUCGAAGAACAAUCAAUAUUGUUCCGUUAAUCAGGGAAAGACAAGGAUUUAGUUUUUCGCUUUUCAAAUUUUUAUUUGUGUGGAUUUUUUUUGUAAUUUUUGUAAACACUUGAAGACAUUUUUAUAAUGAAAAUUAUCAUCAAAAAUGGGAAAUUAUAUCGAGAAUAACUACAAGAAAGGAUUUCAAGUCGUUCUGAAAUUUAUUAUUCGUCAUCAGAUUAGGAAUGUUCGAUAUAACAUCGAUAUUGGGGAGUAUCGAUCUGUCGUGCUAUGAUAAUAAGUUUUUUUAAUUGAUAAUUUUCAGGCAGAUGGAUUGAAAACUUGAGAUUUCACCCCCAUAUCGAUAUUCAAUUUAUAUUUUAAUGAAUGGAAUCUUUCCUAAUUAUUCCCUCAGUCAUUUACAACGUUCCUAAUUCAUUUGUGGAGAUUUUUGCAAAUAUAAACUAAUUAAACGCUUAAUGAAUGAAAAAAAAAAUACAAUUUCCAAAUCGAUGAUAUUUUCAUAUCAAUAAAUAAUAAAAUAAAUAAUAAUAAUAAUCAUAAUAAUAAUUGAUAUUUCAUAUCAAUUUUUCCAACAUCGAUAGUUUUCGAUACUAUUUAUCGGCGAAUAUGUUUCACAUGAGACGAUUUUAUCGAUUGAAAAUAUAUCGAUAUCGAUUCGAUAUCGAUUGUUCAAUAUCGAACAUUCCUACGUCAGAAAUUGAAAAAAGGGAAAUUAUAAAAAUCACGAUUGAACAUUUCAAAAUUUAAUUGACCUUUUCAGACGACUGAACCAAAUAAAUAAUUAAUGUGAGAGACUUUCGAGAUAUCGAUAGUUUCGAUGUUCGUCCUUUUCGUGACAGGAACCUGAAUUCUGAAUUCAAAUUGCCCGCCUCAGACGACUGAACUGAAUUGAGGAAUAAGCAUGAGCGACUUUCGAGAUAUCGAUAGUCUCGAUGUUUAUCCUUUGUCUCAUAGGAUAACUUUGGAUGUUGCCAUCGACUAAAAUCAUUGAUUUCGAUUUAUGGCAACAAUUGCGUCUCCCAGGCGUAGGGCGUAGGGCUUGAGAUAUGUAAUUUUCGUAGCCCGCAGGCCGGAAUGUUGUUCAAGUCACCUUGUAAAAAACAUAUUGUUAUGGUUCGAUAAAUAAUAUACAGGACAAGGUAUUUUGAAUGAAAAUUAAACCUGAGGGCGAAGCGUGAGGUGAAAGGACCUGCAACCACUUUUUAGGUUACGCUUUACCGGAAAAAUUGCCGCUUUGGAUUUUACAUCAUAAAUCGAUUAUCGAUUGUCAAAUGAUCGAUUAUGACAGUGACAUAAUCGAUUAUCAUGAUGAAGUCCGCCAUGUUGGAUGACUGACCCGUGACUCUCUUAUAAAGGAUCGAUUAUCGAUUGUGAAAUGAUCGAUUAUCGACUCUUAAAUGAUCGAUUAUCGAUUGUUAAAUGAUCGAUUGUAACGGUGACAUAAUCGAGUAUCUCCAUGAAAUUUCGUUUAGUAAUCCUUGUUGCUUGUUAUAUAAUGUCGAUUAUCGAUUGUCAAAUAAUCGAUUAUCGAUUCUUCAGUGAUCGAUUAUCGAUUGUUAAAUGGUCGAUUACAACGAUAACGUUAUCGAGUAUCUCCACGAAAUUUGGUUUAGUAAUCCGUGGUGCUUGUUAUAUAAGAUCGAUUAUCGAUUAUCGAAUGAUCGAUUAUCGACUCUUAAAUGAUCGAUUAUAACGAUUACAUAAUCGAGUAUCUCCAUGAAAUUUCGUUUAGUAAUCCGCAUUUAUUUUUAUAUAAGAUCGAUUAUCGAUUAUCAAAUGAUCGAUUAUCGACUCUUAAAUUAUCGAUUGUUCAAUGCUUUUUCAAUAAGAUCGAUUAUCCGUUAUCAAAUGAUCGAUUAUCGACUCUUAAACCAUCAAUUAUCGAUUGUUAAAUCGUCGAUUAUGACUGUCACAAUCGAUUAUCGAUUAUCUCCCUGAAAUUCGCCAUGUUCGAUCAGUGACCCGUGUCGCUUCGUACACACCAUACGAUACAACAGAAUGGGCACAUUAGGGGAUCGAUUGAAAGAGAACAAAAGGAGUGAGAAAAAAAUGAGAUGAACAAAUGCAUUUGCACAAGAUGUGGUACCCUCAGGGAAACCUGGAGGUAUCCAAUAACACAAUGCGAGUCUUCAGGUGCAGGGGGAAGGGAGUAGUAAUGGGGGCCUGCGAAGAUAAAGGAACAGACAUUUUUGGUCCUUCGGAGGACAAGGAAGGAAGCACAUGCAGAAUGGAAGUAUAACUCGUAUGAAAAACAGAAACGGGGGUCUUCCUCUCUCAGUCAAGUAACUGAACACUUAAUUGUAAGUUGUAAAUAAAUAUAUGUAAAUAAUGUAUAUACUAAAUUUAGGAUAAGUUUCGAUAGAUUACGAUAAGGAAGAAAUGUAUGAAAAAUGGUAAGGGAAGUCCUUGCCUGUUCCUAAGGGGAAUCAAUAAAUAUACAUAUAUACUUA